GCGCGCGGCCGCUCGGCCUCCGGCGGGUGGCGGUGACGGUUGGUGAUGGCGGCGCUGAAGCGGGAGCGGGAAGAAGCGGAGGCCGAGGAGGAGUCGCCAGUGGCCUCGAAGUGCUCACGGCUUCACAGUGAGUCUGAGGACGAUCGAAGCCGACAUUGCCCGUACCUGGACACCAUCAACAGGAGUGUCCUGGACUUUGACUUUGAGAAGCUGUGCUCGGUCUCCCUCUCCCACAUUAAUGUCUACGCCUGCCUGGUGUGUGGCAAGUACUUCCAAGGGCGUGGGCUGAAGUCAUUCGCUAACAUUCACAGUGUCCAGGUGGGACAUCACGUCUUCCUGAACUUGCACACACUCAAGUUCUACUGCUUACCCGACAACUAUGAGAUCAUUGAUUCCUCACUGGAGGACAUCACGUACGUGCUGAAACCCACCUUCACCAAGCUGCACAUAGCAAACCUGGACAAGCAGAGCCGACUGUCCAGGGCUUACGAUGGCACAACCUACCUCCCCGGCAUCGUCGGCCUCAACAACAUCAAAGCCAAUGACUAUGCUAAUGUGGUGCUACAGGCCCUGUCUAACGUGCCUCCGCUGAGGAAUUACUUCCUGGAGGAGGAGAAUUACCGGGAGAUCAAGCGGCCGCCGGGGGACAUCAUGUUCCUGCUGGUGCAGCGCUUCGGGGAGCUGAUGAGGAAGCUGCGCAAUCCCAGGAACUUCAAGGCCCACGUCUCCCCCCACGAGAUGCUGCAGGCCGUCGUGUUGUGCAGCAAGAAACGCUUCCAGAUCACCAAGCAAGGUGAUGCUGUGGAUUUCCUGUCCUGGUUCCUGAAUGCGCUGCACAUGGCGCUGGGCGGGAGCAAGAAGAAGAAGACGAUUAUCAACGGGGUUUUCCAGGGAUCCAUGCGGAUAUUUUCCAAAAAGCUGCCUCCUCCUGACCUGACGCCCGAGGAGAAGGAACAGUUGCUGGAGACGGAGGAGUUUAAGGAGACGAUGACAGAGUCUACGUUUCUGUACCUGACCCUGGACCUGCCCACAGCCCCUCUGUACAAGGACGAAAAAGAGCAGCUCAUUAUCCCCCAAGUGCCGCUGUUCAACAUUCUGGCAAAAUUCAACGGCAUCACCGAAAAGGAAUACAAAACCUACAAGGAGAACUUCCUGAAGAGGUUCCAGUUGACGAAACUGCCUCCGUACCUGAUCUUCUACAUCAAGCGCUUCACCAAGAACAACUUCUUCGUGGAGAAGAAUCCCACCAUCGUCAACUUCCCCAUCACGAAUGUUGACCUGAGAGAGUACCUGUCAGAGGAAGUCCAGGCGGCUCACAAACACACGACCUAUGACCUGAUCGCCAACGUGGUGCACGAUGGGAAACCAGGAGAAGGCGCUUACCGUGUGCAUGUGCUUCAUCACGGCACAGGGAAGUGGUACGAGCUCCAGGAUCUGCAGGUGAUCGACAUCUUACCCCAGAUGAUCACACUGUCCGAGGCCUACAUCCAGAUCUGGAAGAGACGUGAGGACAGUGAUGAGGGGCAGCCUCGUGAAAAAGGAGCCUGAGCAGCACACGCCCCUUCAGCUCCGAGACCCCACACACGGAGACCCUCAGACUGACUGUAUAUAAACUCUCUCAGAGGGGGCUGGCAAGCUGGAACAGAGGGAGGCGUUGGUCCCACAAGACACAGGCAUGUACUCCUGGCACUAUCAACUCCUCAACACGCUACAUAUAUCUACGUGACCCCCUUCUACCGUAACCAUCGAUAGCUGCAGUGUAGAGAGAGCUGGAAUUCUCUCAUUCUCCAGAUCAAACCUCCACUGGUUUUGUCCUCUCUCUCCCGUCAAUGGCAAGUUAUGUGGUUAGAAUCCAGCAGUUUCCCCACUGAACCCCAAGCCUUGGCUCUCGCCAACCUGCGCCUAAUACUCUCCAGAAUUAGGUAAGUAGGAUGCGUCCCUCCAGGGAGAGAGAGGGGGAGAGUGUCCCAUUCCAACAAUCUAUCUCUGGGACUUCCAUGUGUAGGUGAGAUGUGGGGAAUUCUCCGCUUGCUGUGGAGACUCUUAAUCAUGGUGACGGGUUUGUGUGUGUGUCAGACUGGGCAAGAAACCAAAUGCUGCCUGUGUUUGACUGCUGCCAGGACAGGGAGUGGCUGGUUAGCCCAAGCCGGGGAGCACAGUGAUGGAGGAUGUUUGUGUCUGUGUUAUACAGUUAUACUGUGCCAGGGCCCAUGUUUACCUUGUGGAUGAUUUCUCCACCAGUGGGAAAAUUAAAGACAUUGCGAGAUAUGUUCCGAAA